UGAACAUUUAUUAUAAAAUAAAUUGUUAUACUGCUUCGACUUUGACAUUUAACCUUCUAAUUAUAUUUUGUUUAAUAUUAUUAAUCAUGGGUCAGAAAGUGCAUAAUGCGACACGUACCGAUUUAAUGAAAUGCAAAUUAACACAAAUUGGAAUGGAGUAUAGGGGUUCAAUAUCGAAAACAGUCGGUGACAUUCGGUGCCAAAAUUGGGGCUCGGAAGAACCGAUACACGAGGUCAGCGGUGACAUACACGAUCAAGAUUUCCCCGAGAAAUCAAUGAAAGCUGCAAAAAGUUAUUGCAGAAAUCCAACGGGGGACUAUAAAGGACCGUGGUGUUACACUUCAGAUCCUUCACUUAUAGAUGAUGUUUGCGACAUACCUCUUUGUAAUUUUGGAGAAUGCAGAAUAUCAGGGCCAGGAGCAGAAUAUGGGGGUAGUAAAGAAAUUUCCUCAUCAGGAAGAAAAUGUAGACCAUGGCAUAAACGCCAUCAACUUGUAGAUUCAAAAAGUCCAAAAUUCGAAGGGAAAGAUUUUCCUGAUAGAUCUCUAAAAAGAGCUGAAAGUUUCUGCAGAAAUCCCACAGGAGAUACCGGAGGACCAUGGUGUUAUGUUGAGCAAGAGAAUUUUGAAUUUGUUGAGAAGGAAUAUUGCGAUGUACCAUUUUGCGACGACAGAGAUUGCUUAGCAUUCACCAAAAAUGUGCCUCUUUAUAGUAUACUAACAAAAUUAAACGCACCUAGUGGCAACACAUCGUUUUGGAUUAAAUUAUGGAACCCUAAUGAUGAAAAGAAGGGUGAAGCUAGAAUUUUAUUUAGCCUUUUACCUGUUCCUGCUUCUGCUGAGAAAAUAGCCGAGGAAUGGACUGCAGGUGUUGAAUUGUUAUUUGCAAAUUUUGGCAGUCGUCAAACAUUUCCAAAAUACGAUGAGGAAGAAAGUUUCGAAAAUACUCCCGAAAUCUUAGUUGGUACAAAAUGGACGGGUAUAUGGAUAACAUGGGGUGGCGGUUUCAUAUCAGCGGGUAUCGAAGGGACUAUGAAGCCUAUAGUUAUGCAAGAAUACAAGAAGAAACGUGGAAUUACGAAUUUGUAUCCGGAAACCUUUUUCUACUACGGACUUCGAGGAACAAAUAUAUUGUGGAGCUCUCCAUUUUGUCAAACUCACUGCGAGGUUUACACGACAUUUGGAAUCGAUUUUUCAAAAGUUUGGGCAGUUCAAAAGAAUAACGACACGAAAGAUAUUCGUUUCUUUGUUCGAGCAAGUCAAAACAUUCAUAUACGACUGUAUGAAACACCUGCAUUAGAAUAUCCUUCGAUAACGGUAACUAUAGGUAAAGAAGUUACAACUCUCACUUACCAACAAAGUGAAGAAUCUGCUAAACACUAUUUAAAAGAAAUUGCAACUAGAGAGUUACUUGAUUUUUGGUCCUGGAGAGAAUUUACUAUCAGCAUUUUUGGAGGGCACUUUCGUUUAUAUUCACAAAAAACCAGAGGUGCCAUUGAAUUAUUAUAUAUGAAUGAGAAUUUUUUCGCUACCUUGAGAUGGUUUAGUAUUGGAAGUGAAAACACCGUAGCACAGUGGACAUUGUUCUGUUCUCCAGAAGAAUCAGAUGCUGUAGAAGAUCCCUGGCCACCAAAUUGUAUCUCUGAUUUAAAAGAUUUUCAAUAUAAAGGUUCACAAUGGACCACUUAUCAUGAAAUUCCUUGUAUUCCAUGGAUUUCACACCAGGUUCACAGCGAGGAUAAACUCGACGAAAAAUUUAUCGAUGGAUCUGCCUUAAAAGCGUUAAAUAAAUGCAGAAAUCCCUCGCAUGAUCCUAAUGGUCCUUAUUGUUACGCAUUUACACCCUGGGAAAAUGUGACUACUUCGAAACAUUAUUGUCACAUUCAAACUUGCAGAUCAUCAGAAUGCCGAAUGGCAGGGACCGCAAAUGAUUACGUAGGAACAUUAUCAAAAACUCGUUCAGGGCGCACCUGUGACAUUUGGCCAAUUGAAUCCGACUUUAAAUCAACAUCAUUACCAUCGAUAACGAUGCCCACUCGAAGACAAACUAUAGUAAAACCUCCAAACGCAAGACCUAUGUGGAGAGAACCAAACCUUUUUGAUUCUGGGUAUCGAACAACGACACCCAUGUCAGCGCAACCUAAAACAGAAACAUCGAAACUUAGUUGGAAAAGCUUAGGUCGAGAUCAUUAUAACGACACUUUGUAUCCAGAAGGCAGUGCCAGAAACGCAAGCAAUUAUUGCAGAAAUCCUUCGCGUAACGUCGCUGGCACUUGGUGUUACACCACUGAUCCUUCGGUGCCUCGAGAUCUUUGCAAUGUUAGAGAUUGCGAGAAACCAGAAGAAUUUACAUUUCUCUUUAGAGAAGAUGGUAUAGGCAGACGUUUAUACGUUCUACCGGAAUAUCGUUCUGAAGGUUUACACUUUGCUUUGAAAGCAUGGGAACCAGAUAAUCCGGAUUCUGUCACCUUCGUCUUUACAGCUGACGAUGGCUUCAAAUCUCGUUACAUCCUGAAAAUAGGAACGUUGGAUAAUGAGAAAGUUGUUCUCUACUAUCAAUCGGAAACUCAACCUAUCACAUUGGUUAAAAGGAAAACAUUGGCGCAUUUACUUUAUAUGGGAAAAUGGACCGGAUUUAUAAUUCGAAUACCACGUGGACAAUUGUUGCUUUAUUACGAGGAUGACCCAAAGCCUAUCUUUGAAUGGACUCAUUCAGAUCCACCGCAUGCUUUCUUGCCCAUGUAUUAUUAUUAUGGUAGUGAAAUGGGAAAGGCUGUUGGUAUCGCAUUUGAUCGUGAUUCAAGUUGUAACAUAGAAAAUACAAAAACAAGUAGAUAUACGAGGAUCCUAUCGCUGUCAGCCUGGAUCCAAACAGAAGUAUUAUAUCCAAAAGAAGUGACGUUUCAUCUUCGAGGAAAAGGGAAGAUUUACAUACCGUUAUAUUUGAUGCUUGCAAUUCCAGGAUUUUUCCUACUCACGUUGAACGAAGCAGAACGUCAAAUAGCAUUUGCAAGAAACACAUAUCCUAAUGUAGUAAUUUUUUAUAAACAGAGAUCCCCAGUGUCUUUAUAUACAACAAAUUCGUGGACCAAUAUUACUGUCAGAUGGUCUGGGAAUAGUAUCGAGGUUUAUUCAAAUACAACAGAUGUAUUUCGCUACAGACAUAACAGUCCUCUUGUAUUCUAUUUCUUUUCAAUCGGAGUAGAUCCUGAUAAUUGGGUCACUUGGUCUGUGAACUGUAUGCCAACAGACAUAGAUGGACCUCCGGUUGACGGUGGAUGGUCAGAAUGGGGACCAUGGGCAUGCAGUGCAAGCUGCAAUGGUGGUACAGGAAUCCGAAAACGACGAUGCGAUUCUCCUAAACCUAACGUCAGAGGAGAGCCAUGCGUAGGGCCGAGUACAAUGACUGGUCGUUGUAACGAGAUUCUCUGUGGCGAUAUAACAGAAGAUACGAUAAACAUGAUCAAUAGAAGAAUUCGAACGAUGUACACGGCACUUACUGUAAAAGAAUUCCAUUCUACGACGAUUGAAGCAGAUUCUGAUAUCGUUAAAUUGAUUAGCACAGAAUCUCCUCGGUCGGAAUUGCAAUGGUCCUUAAAUGGCGUAUUUGUGCAGAAAGAGGAGGGCAAAUUAGAGUUGAAAGAUAAUAAUAUUGAAAUAAUCAAGGCUUCUUUAAAUUAUUCUGGAGUUUACGCGAUGACUUUACGUAGAAUCGAUGGAACGUAUUCAAUCAUCAAGGUGGUCAGUUUAGCAGUGAUUCCAUCAAAGCAAAGUGUACAAAGAAGAAGAGAAACAUUGAGUACGACUAUGAUAUGCCAUUGUACAAUAUUGGGCCACGUUUAUUCAGAGUUACAAGUUUCUUGGCUGAUAAAAAAUAAAACCUGGAAGGAUUAUGGGAUUACGCUUCCUAUUGCUGCUGAUAUUGAACACAUUACUGUAAUAAACAGAACACACGAUGGAAUGUGGCAGUGUGUUGUGAAACAAAACGAUUUGAGCUUCGUGUGGAUAACGAAUAUGAUUCUUAUUAAAGUUCUAGGACCACCGGACUGGCGUACCCAUUUGAUGGAAGACCAGGCAACUCGCCCCUUUUUCGGCUGGUUACCAAACGAAGAAUACGUCAGUGUCUUAGCAGUAAUCCUUUUCGUAAUUCUAGUAGGUGGUACACUAGCAGGCUCAAUUUUCUACAUAAGAGUUCGUGAAAGCGCAAAGAAAGCACUCCUUACAAUGAAAAAGCAAGCAGCUGACACAAAAAAGACGCAGUAUGAACCAUUGACGGAUGAGCAAACCACUGAAGAUCCAGAUGAAUGAUAAAUAAUAAAAUGAACUUAUAAAGUGAUAGUGACGGGUAGAAAGAGGAGCGAAAAGAAAGGCGGCGAGGUUACGAAGCAAAGUGGAAAACGAGCGGAUGAAGGAUGAAGAAGGAGAGUUGUAGGACAGAUGGAAGAGUAAAAGGGAGCAGGUUCGGAGCGGG